AGAGUAGUAGUAGUAAUAGUAUCGUGUGGUGCAGUGUAUUGUAUCGAAUUAGAAAGAGGUUGGUGUCGGCUUGAACCAAACACGACCAUAUCGGCGAUUGAAUUUCGAUCUGUGCGUGCUUUUCAGUUCGUUAGCCCUACCCACUGCCUUCUGCAAUCGGGUGGACUGGAUCCAUCCACCCUCACCAUUUUCGUUCUUCCUCGUCGCAAUUAUCAUCUCAUCGAAUAGUUAGGGCACACAAUACUGCAACAGUUCAUCUCUCCUCUUCUCGACAUGGCUUCCGCUGCACCAGGUGCAACCAAUGAUGCUUUAUACAAGGAAUUGUGGCAUGCCUGUGCUGGACCCCUUGUCACCCUUCCGCGUGAAGGGGAGAGAGUUUAUUACUUCCCCCAAGGUCAUAUGGAACAGCUCGAGGCAUCUAUGAAUCAGGGAUUGGAGCAGCAAAUGCCUUCCUUUAAUCUGCCUUCUAAAAUAUUAUGUAAAGUGGUCAAUGUUCAUCUUCGAGCUGAACCUGAAACAGAUGAAGUAUACGCACAAAUAACUUUGCUUCCUGACGCAGAUCAAAGUGAGGUGACAAGCCCUAACAAUCCUCUACCAGAACCUCCAAGAUGUAGUGUUCAUUCAUUUUGCAAGACUCUCACUGCAUCUGACACUAGCACUCAUGGAGGUUUCUCUGUUCUUCGAAGACAUGCAGAUGAUUGUCUGCCACCACUGGAUAUGACGCAGCAGCCACCUUGGCAAGAAUUGGUUGCAACUGAUCUGCAUGGCAAUGAAUGGCAUUUUAGACAUAUUUUUCGAGGGCAACCCAGGCGCCACUUACUGACUACUGGGUGGAGUGUCUUUGUCAGUUCCAAAAAGUUAGUGGCUGGUGAUGCAUUUAUAUUCUUAAGGGGUGAAAAUGGAGAGCUGCGUGUUGGAGUUAGGAGGCUCAUGAGACAGCAAGGCAACAUGCCAUCUUCUGUUAUAUCUAGUCAUAGUAUGCAUCUGGGUGUUCUUGCCACUGCAUCUCAUGCCAUUGCCACAGGAACCUUGUUUUCUGUUUUUUACAAGCCCAGAACUAGCCGGUCUGAGUUUAUUGUGAGUGUCAACAAGUAUCUUGAAGCUCAAAGUCAUAAACUUUCUGUUGGAAUGAGAUUCAAAAUGAGAUUUGAGGGUGAUGAAGUUCCUGAAAGAAGGUUCAGUGGUACGAUUGUGGGUGUCGGAGAUAAUAAAUCGUCAGUCUGGACUAAUUCUGAGUGGCGAUCAUUAAAGGUUCAAUGGGAUGAACCAUCUUCUAUUUUGCGUCCUGAUAGAGUUUCUCCAUGGGAAUUGGAGCCACUUGUGUCUACCCCUCCCACAAAUUCCCAGCCUUCCCAAAGAAACAAGAGAUCACGGCCUCCCAUUCUUCCUUCAAUGGCUGAUUCUUCUCUGCAAGGUGUACGGAAAUCACCACUUGAUUCUGCACCAUUCUCUUAUCGUGACCAUCAACACGGACGAGACAUCUAUCCGUCAGCCAAAUUCAAUUCUACUGCAACUGGCUUCCUUGGUUUUGGUGGGAACUGUUCUGCUUCCAACAAAUCAAUAUAUUGGUCUAAUAGGACAGAAAACUCUACAGAAUCUUUUUCACCUGUAGCACUUAAAGAAUCUGGAGAGAAGAGGCAUGGGACUGCAAAUGGCUGUAGGCUCUUUGGGAUUCAGUUACUUGACAAUUGUAAUGGGGAAGAAAGCCUACCAAUGGUCACUUUGUCAGGAAGGGUGGGUGAUGAUGGCCCUCUUCCAUCUUUGGAUGCUGAGUCUGACCAGCAUUCCGAACCAUCAAAUAUUAAUCGAUCUGAUAUUCCUUCGGUAAGUUGUGAUGCCGAAAAAUCAUGCCUGCGGUCUCCCCAGGAGUCUCAGAGCAGGCAAAUAAGAAGCUGCACAAAGGUUCACAUGCAAGGUAUGGCAGUUGGAAGGGCUGUGGAUUUAACACGGUUUGAUGGAUAUGAGGAUCUGCUAAGGAAAUUGGAAGAAAUGUUUGACAUCAAAGAUGAACUCUGUGGAUCCACAAAAAAAUGGCAGGUUGUGUACACUGAUAAUGAAGACGAUAUGAUGAUGGUUGGGGAUGACCCGUGGCUUGAGUUUUGUAGCAUUGUGAGGAAAAUUUUCAUCUAUACUGCUGAGGAGGUGAAGAAGCUUUCACCCAAAAUGGGACUUCCAAUCAAUGAGGAAGUUAAACCCAGCAAAAUGGACUCUGAAGCAGUUGUCAAUCCUGAGGACCAGUCAUCUAUUGUGGGGUCCGGUUGUUAACGUCUUAGGUCUUCCAAUAUUUCAGUUGUUAUACAGUAGAUAUUUGCAUGAAAGUUGGAAGUAGAACGUGAAAGAAACGAGUAUGAACCUGACAAGCACUUCAUCAUGGCCUAUAGGAGAAGAGACAUGAACCUGGCAAACAUUUCCUCAUUGCCUGUAAGGAGGAUGUCGUUGGUGUAUUCUGCAUGUCUACAAGAACAGCAUGACAGCACCCAAGCAGAGGGUUGAUGUGAUAUUAUGCUGUUUACCCAACCUUGAGAGAUAAGGCUAGGGGUGUUGUGGCUUUUCUAUUUCUUUCAUAGCUCCGUUUUCUGAGUCUCGAGGCCAUUGCUUGCUCAGUUUUGUAUUGGGCUGCGAGCUUGAAGAAAUGUCUUUUGGUUGAGUAUCUUACUAUGCAUGCAUUUGUUUAUUUUGGUUCUUUUUAAUUUACUUGAUGCGAUGCAUAUCAUUUCUGUAUAUAUAACUUUCUAUAAAUAUACAUACUAUUUAAUGUAUGUAUAUCGAGCCAAUUUUUACCC